AUGGCGUGGUACUCCAUCCUUCCAAAGGAGCUCAUCCACCUGGAGAGCUGGGCUGCUCGUGUCUUCUUCGUCCUCGGCCUAAUCACCAUCGGCCCCUGGGCUUUCCUCGUCCUCCUCGAUGCAACUAUAUGGCUUUAUCGCAUGAUUCUCUGGGAAUUCCCGUGGAUUGGUGGACGCGCUCGGGGUCAACAGCGUCCACGCGCGCCGAGCUUGAGUGAACGGCCGGAUGGGCAGCGGAGGGCGUUCGGAUUGCGCGGGGUGGAAACUGAUAUUGGUGAAAGUGAUGGGGACCAAAGCGAUGGGUUGAUAUCGAAGCGAGAGAACGAUCGCGACGAGUCGCGAAAGGCGAAUGUGAAUCCUGUUGGUGUCAAUCCACCUUCAAGUGGAGAUGGGGCCUUGAAACAUAGGGGCACGAGAAUGGCGGAACUUCUAUAUAACAAACUAGAUCUGGUUGGACCAUGGCACACCAUGCCUUCUAUGAGUUAUCUCCUCUGUGCUCUUAUCAUGGGUCUGUGUGUCGCGGCCUGGAAAGCUCGACAAUAUCGUUAUACUUGUGCGACAGUGAAGACAAAGCCAAUUCUAUCGGACAAGAAGGAACCGGUCAUUAUACCUCUAGAAGGAUUUGACUGGGAGAAAACAGAGCCACUCCAGUUUCGACCAUUUCAAGGCAAAGAGAAGUUUAACCUAACCAUGUCAAUUGAAAACCUCGACCCAUCAGAGCUGAUCCCAAUGGACAAAACAUACAAAGACCGCCUGAGCCUCCGCAAAUCAAUCCUGGACCAACACCACGAUAUAGCAGUAGCAGUCAACGACAAACCGCAAACCCAAGAUCCUCGCACCCGCAGCGCCGUCAGCGAACUCUACACAUUCAUACUAGGCAAAUACUUACCAACCCGCUACCCAAGCAUGUUCAAAUUGAAAACAACCAACUCAACCCCCAUCUUCGAAAACCUAGUUACAGGAGCAACAUAUCCAACAAUCCUGUGUCCGACGACACCGACAAUCCAGGCCCUAGAAAUCCUAACCCAAAGCGUCGACGAGGAAUUCCUAUUUCUCCUACCAGAACUUUCACCAGAAGAUAAAGAGCAACCAAAAUACAUCCUGCAAGCUUAUGCAGCCUGCUUUCCAUCUGGUUUCAAUACCCGCGAGAAACUCGGUCUACGACUGGCCGAUAUCCACAAUCCCGUGCCGGGGUAUAAAGAGAAGAUCGAGCGCAGUAUGGAUCGGUUCUUUACGCGGAUCGAGGUUGGAAAGUUUGUUCGGAGGGUUAAUUGGAGUGUGACGAUUGCCACGGACUUGUUUGCUGCGUUUGGGGGGACGCAUGCUGUUGUUGGGAAGAAGGAGGAUGCUAUUCAGCCUGGGAUGCUGGAUGUUGAUGAGACUGUUCUUCGGUGUGAGCGGCAGACUUUGCAUCGGAUGCCGAAGUCUGAGGCGCUUGUCUUUGCUUUUCAUACGUAUACCUAUCCGAUUCGGCAGAUUAAGGAUGAGGGGCUUGGCGAGGAUAUGGCUGUUGCUGUUGAUGGGUUGAGGAAGGGGAAUGUGCCUGAAAUGCAUGUUUAUAAGAAGGGGGAUGUAUGGGGAGAAGCGUUGAAGGAGUUCUUGAGAUCCUAG